AUGGAAGAAGGCCCCCUCAACUCCCCUCUGUACAGCAUGACUGACGCCAAAUCUGCUACACUUAAGGAUUGGCUCAGGGACAAACUCAAGGCUGGGAAGAUCCAUCCCAGCAAAUUGCCCAUCAGUUCUCCUGUCAUGUUUGUACCCAAAAAGGAUGGCUCUUGCCAAUUGGUUGUUGACUACCAUUGCUUGAGUAACCAGACUAAGAAGAACAUAUACCCGCUACCCCGUCCUGAUGACCUCAUGGCACAGCUCCAUGGCGCCAAGGUCUUUACCAAACUGGACCUAAGAUGGGGGUACAACAAUGUCCGCAUCAAGGAGGGUGACAAAUGGAAGACUGCCUGCCGUACCAAAUACGGCUUGUACAAAUCUCUUGUCAUGACCUUCAGCCUAACCAACACUCCUGCUGCGUUCCAACACUUCAUGAAUGAGCUGUUCAAAGACUUGCUGGAUGUAUGCGUCAUCAUCUACCUGGAUGAUAUACUAAUCUAUUCAAAAGAUGACGCAACCCACACACAGCAUGUACAUGAAGUCCUACAGCGUUUGAUGGAGAAUCAACUGUUUUGCAAGGCAUCAAAAUGCACCUUCCACGUCACAUCAGUGGAAUACCUGGGGAUUAUUGUCUUGGACAAAGGGUUCAGCUUGGAUAAGCUCAAAAUCCAAGCAGUUCAGGAAUGGCCAGUACCUACCAAGAUCAAAGAGGUUCAGUCCUUCCUAGGGUUUGCCAACUUCCUUUGCCGGUUUGUUGCCAACUUUAGUCACAUGGCCAGACUGCUACACAAUCUGGUCAAGAAGGAUACAGCUUGGAAUUGGGGACCCAAAGAGCAGGAAGCAUUCCAGAACCUUAAGGACGCCAUAACCAACGCACCAGUACUCUGCCAUGCGGACCCUACCAAGCCCUACUUUCUUGAAACAGAUGCAUCCGGCGCUGCAUUAGGGUCCAUACUCAGUCAAAGACAAGAAGACGGACAUUUACACCCCCUUGGCUUUCUAUCCAAAUCAUUCAAAGGUGCCAAACAGAAUUACAACACCCAUGACAAGGAGCUCUUGGCAAUAAUCAGGUUGUUUGAGUACUGGCGCAUAUUCUUGGAAGGAACAGAACAUCCAAUCACCGUGUUCACGGACCACAGGAAUCUUGAAUAUUGGAAAGAAUCCUGGACCUUCAACCGUUGGCACGCUAGAUGGCACCUAUUGUUAGCAGGAUACAACUUCCAAAUUGUAUAUUGUCCAGGGAAGCAAUCAGGAAAGCCUGACGCCCUAUCAUGCCGGUUGGAUCACGCCAAUAUCCCACCCAAACCACAAUCCAUGCUACCAAACCCCGUAUUUGCCAACGUAGCCCUAGUUAUGCCCAAAAAGGAACUCCAAUGUCAAAUUGAGGCUGCUCUAGACCAAGACAAGUCCCUGGAGGAAAUCCUACAGUUCCUCCAGAAUGAGUCAAAAGCACCACCAUCAAUCAAACGGGUGUUCAAGGAUUACCAGAUGGAGGGGGGCUUACUUUUUUACCAAGGACAGAUUGUGGUCCCAGACGUUGGCACCCUAAGGACGGAUCUCUUCUGUAUUUUCCACAAUAGCCCAUUGGCAGGUAUCCGCGCAGAAACGUACUGGCAUGUAGAUUCAUGCAAAAUAUGCCAGCAGAUCAGAAAACCCAAGUAUGCAUCCAUUCCCCCACAGCCCCUGGAAUUACCAACACGUCCCUGGCAACACAUGUCUUAUGACAUGAUUGUGGACCUACCCAAAGAUAGGGAUAAUGAUUCCAUCCUGGUCAUUGUGGACAGCUUCACAAAAUACGUCAUCUUAGUGGAAUGUUCCAAAAAACUGAAGGCCCCAGAACUGGCAGACCUAUUCUUACGCCAUGCCUUGUACCAACGCCUAGGGAUAGACCCCCACUUCUCCUCAGCCUAUCACCUGCAAAGUGAUGGACAAACAGAACGCGUGAAUCCUACAAUUGAGCACUUCCUACAGGCCUAUUCAGGAAUCAACCAGAAGGACUGGGUAAAAUGGUUACCAAUGGCGGAAUUUACCUAUAACAAUGCAGUCCACAGCACCACAAGCAAAACUCUGUUUAGAGCACUCUAUGGAUGGGAACCAGCCAUCACGCCUAGCAAUGUUCCUACCAACGUACCAGAGGCAGACAAAUUGGCAACACAAAUGGAAGCUCAAUGGCAGGAAAUAGAAGCAGCGCUCCGGCAAUCAAAGACACGCAUGAUGGCUGGAGAGACAGGAGAACCACUUAGUUUUGAAAUUGGAGAAGAAGCCUGGCUGGACGCCAAAAACAUGAAGCUAAAGACCCUGAGUCCUAAGCUAACCAAACAAUGCCUAGGCCCAUUCAAAGUAAUUGAGAAAAACUCCACUCAAGCGUACUGCUUAGAACUCCUGCCAACAAUGAGAAUCCACAACAUCUUUUACGUAGGCCCACUGUCAAAAGUCAGAAGGGACAAAAAAUGCAACUUCAAGAACCGCCCUCCACCUGUUACUGUGGAUGGGGAAGAAGAGUACAAAGUAGAGGGAAUCACUGAUGCCAAGGAACAAAACAGAAAAUGGUUCUUCCAAGUCAAAUGGAAGGGUUAUGGCUCCAAAGAAAACACAUGGGAACCCUGGGAAAACCUGAAAAAUGCGGGGAAAAUUUUAAAAAAGUACAAGGAAGAAAUGAAGAAGAAGGUCCUUGGCGCUGCCAAGGCCCUUAGAGGGGGGGCAGUGUUGUAG